AUUGCAAGUGCGCACAUUGUAAAUAGGUGUGCUACUAGGAAAUGAAUGAACUUGAACAGCUGGAAUACUUUUGCAGAGAACUAUAUACAACUAGUGAUCCGGAAAUCCGUAGUCAAGCAGAAAAAGCUUGUUCUUCCUUAUGUGAACGGGCUGAUUGUCCUUCUAUAUGCCAGUUACUUUUACAGCAUUCAACUUCGUGCUACUCACAGCUUAUUGCUUCUACGGCUUUGACUAAAUAUAUUUCCAAUCGAGAUGCUAUAAUUUCACAUUCAUCACGUUUAGCUAUUCGAGAUUUUGCUUUAAAUUAUCUAGCUGCGCAUGCUGGAUUAGAAAAAUUCGUACAACAAGCCUUAAUCACACUUAUUUGUCGGCUAACAAAGUUGGGAUGGCUAGAUUCAGUAGACGGUAGUCCUGGAUUUUGUGAUAUUUUGGACUGUGCGUCAAAGUUUAUUGAGUGCGGUCAAACAAGCGCAAUUCUUACUGGAGUGCAGAUACUCAAUAAUUUAGUUUCGGAAAUGAAUCAUGAUUGUGAGUGUGAUGUUACUCGUGCAAUUUUCUUACAACGUAAAAGAUCUUCAUCAUUUCGUGAUCUAUUACUUUUGCCUAUAUUUCGACUUAGUUUGAAUUUACUACGAGAUGCUGAUCAAAAUUUAACUUCUUUAGAUUUGAAUAAUCCUGAACAACAUGGAUUAUUUUCUCAAAGUUUACAAUUAGUUUAUUCUUGUCUUUCAUAUGAUUUUAUUGGAACAUCUGGUAGUGUUAAUAGUACAGUAUGCGAUGUAUCUUCAAAUGGUAUGGAUGAUUUAGUUGUUGUUCAGAUUCCAACAAGUUGGCGACAAAUUUUUAUUGAUUCAGGGACUGUACCAUUAUUUUUUCGAUUAUAUAAAAAUUUAUCACCUGAUUUAUCUGUUCUCGCACUUUCUUGUUUAGUUCAAAUAGCAAGUAUACGUCGUUCAUUAUUUACAAAUGCUGAAAGAUCAAUAUUUCUUUCACAAAUUGUAUCUGGUUGUCGUGAUAUAUUAUUAUCUGUUAGUAAUAUAACAUCAUCAUCAUCAACAACAACAACUAAUACUAAUACUACUGUUAUUGGUUCUCCGCAUAAUACACUUUCUAAUAAUAAUAUUACUACUACUAAUAAUAGUAAUCAUAACAACAGUAUGAACAAUCAAGAUUGUAAUUUAAUCAAUAAUCCAGAAGCUUAUCAUGAAUUUUGUCUUCUUCUUUCUAGACUUAAAUGUAAUUAUCAAUUAAAUGAAUUAAUUACACUUGAUAAUUAUUCUUCAUUUAUUGAAUUACUAACUAUAUUCACUGUGAAUAGUUUAAAAGGAUCUACUGAUGAAUCUAAUCAAAAUAGUUUACAUUAUUUAUUAACAUUAUGGCAACGUUUAGUAGCAAGUAUUCCAUAUGUUCAUUCAUCUGAUACACAUAUGUUAGAUACAUUUACACCACAAAUAAUUAAUGCUUAUAUUGAAACACGUUUAAAUUCUAUACCAAACUAUAUGAAUCAUACUACUAUACAUAUUACUCGUGAAUCUAUACGUUCUGAAAAGAAAUCAAAAGAAUUUAUUAAUUUAUCAAAAUCAUUUAAUAAUUCUACAAUAAAUGAUACAUUAUUACAUAAUGAUAAUAAUCAUAAUCAUAAUAAUUAUCAUUCUAUAAUUACUAAUAAUUCUAAAUUAAUUAAUGAUUCAUUAUCUACAAAUAAUGAUUGUUUACUUGAUGAUUGGAUUACACUUUCACAACAAUUAGAUCAAUUUGGAACUAUUGGACGUUGUGUAUAUGAUAAAACUUGUAAUACUAUUAUUCUAUUAUUUGAUGAAUAUGCCAGUAGUUUAGAAAAAGCUUUCAAUAUUCUCACUUCUAACAAUUUGUCCGUAAAUGAUUCUCAUCUGGAACAAGUUUUACGCUUAGAAGAACAUCGUUUGGCAUGGCUUGUUUAUAUGGUUGGUGCAUUAAUCGGUGGUCGUGUAAAUUAUACCAAUGCAGAUGAAUGUGAUGGUGAAUUAGUCUGUCGUGUAAUACAAUUAACUCGUUUAAUAACAAAUUUUAUCACAUCAAAUACUUCAUCAACAAUAUCUAAUUGCACUAAUACUUUGCUAACAACUCAAUCACCAAGUAUGAUACGAUUAGAGUUAGCUGUAUUAAGUUUCUUUGAACAACUUCGACGAGUGUAUGUUGGUGAAAAUGUUGGCAAAUUGUCUAAGUUCUAUCAAUGUUUAUCAGAUAAAUUAGGUAUAUCAGAUGAAAUGAUGAUCCUUGAUGUAUUUAUUAAUAAAAUUUUAACAAAUUUAAAAUAUUGGAGUAAUUGUGAAUCAGUAUUACAAAGAACAUUAAAUUUAUUAUCAGAAUUAUCUGUUGGUUUUAGUGCUAUGCGUAAAUUAUUACGAUUAGAUAAUAUACAAUUUAUGCUUAUCAAUCAUACACCUGAAUAUUUUCCUUUUCUAUCAUCCAAUACAACAAUUGAACUAUCUCAAUUAUCAACAAUUUCACGAUUACGUACAACAUUUUAUGCUUCAAUUUCACGUUUAUUAAUGGUUGAAUUAGGUGAAGAUGAUGAAAAAUUUCUAAAUUUUGUAUCUCCAUUAACAAGAGUUACAAAUCAAUUAAUUAUAGCAUUAUUAUUUGGAGAUUCAUCUAAUUUCAAUGAAAAAUUAAUGAAAAUAUCAAUUAUUGGUUUAGCCCGAGAUAUACGUGGUAUAUUAUAUAGUUUAAAUAAUAAAACAUCAUAUCAAAUGUUAAUGAAUUGGAUUUAUCCAAAUGGUUUAUUAUUAUUUAAUCGUGUAUUAGAACUAUGGCCAUAUGAUUAUACAAUAACAAUACCAAUAUUAAAAACAAUUACAGAAUUAAUUAAUAAUCGUAAUGGACGUUUAUUAUAUGAUAUAACUAUACCAACUGGUUAUUUAUUGUUUACAUAUGUUAGUAAACUUUUAUGUAAUUUUGGUCUUCAAUUACUCUCUAAUCCAUGUCAAAUCCCAAAAAAUUCAUUAUAUGAAAUUAAAUUAAAACCAAUUAUGACAUCAUUGAAUUUAUUAAAAAUAUGUCUUUCUGGUAAUUUGGUUAAUUUUGGUGUAUUCAAUAUGUUUCAUGAUGAUUCAUUGGAAAGAGUAAUGGAAAUGAGUAUUCAAUUAUUAUUAUCAUUAAGUAAUACUGAAUUACAUGAUUAUCCAAAAUUAGCAUUGUGUCAUUUUGGAUUAUUGGAACAUAUGCUCAAUGAGCAUAUUAUUUUUGUUGCUUCAUUGGGUACACCAAUUUUAUUGCAUUUUUUAGAAACUAUAGCAAAUAAUAUAAUUUCAUUAGAUUCUGGUAUCAGUGAAGUUUGUUGUGUAUGUUUAGAUUAUUUUUCAACUCAUCUAUUUAAAAUUGUCCAACGUGAACAACGUUCAAAUCGUACAACUGAUGAUAAUAAUUAUAAUAAUAAUUCAUUAUAUCUAAUUGAUGUAAACAAUUCGAAUUUAGUGAAUGGAGACAAUCAUAAUAAUAGUAAUGAUAAUAAUAAUAAUAAUACUAGUCAUUUAUUCGUACCACAUAUAGUAUUAGAUCAAAGAGGUGCAUCCAAUCAUGCUGUAUGGUCUACACGUACUACAUCAGCAACAUCAAAUCUAUUGAAUUUAUUAAUGCCAACAACAUCAAAUUCACAAAAUGUAGAAAUGAUUUCAGGUGUAAAUCUACUUCGACGUAUACUUAUUACAUUACUUAGUUCAGUAAUACAAGAAGAAUGUCGUUCUCAAUGGUCUAUGUCUAGACCAUUAUUACCUUUAAUUUUAUUAAAUCAACAAUACUAUACGGAAUUAAAAAAUCGUAUAAUUAAAGAACUACCAGAAGAAAAACAAGAAUCUGCAACAAAACUCUUUGAUAAAUUAAUGGAGGAUGUUGAAUGUAAUUUGACUAUUAAGAAUCGUGACACGUUCACUCAAAAUUUAUCUACCUUCAAGCAUAGUUUGGGCGACUUCCUCAAAAAAACAAGCACAAAACCUGACGAUACAUUUAGUCAAGCAGAAGGCAACAACUACGAAACAUAUGUUUGUUUAGGUAGUGCGAUAGCACAAGCAGGCGAACAGUUGCUGAAUGCAUAGGAACUCAAGAUGAACUAUUUUGUACAAUAUUUUGUAAUUAUUUAAAUAAAAUCCUUUAACGUCAAA